AUGGAAUCCCCGCAAAUGUACGAUACGAAUCAAAUCCAAGUGCGCAGUGAUAUCAAGAAGCUAACGAUGGCCGCCAACAACAGUGCGAACGGUACGAACGGUACGGCCAACGGGGCGUCGCCGACCAGCGCCAACGGGGCGAACAACAACAACAACUCGCCGACGGCGAUUAACCAGAACACGCUGGCACUGAAGCAGCAGCAGCAGCAUGGGUCAGCCCAACAGCAACAGCAGGUCCAGCAACAGCCCCAGCAGCAAGUCGUGCAGCAGGUUCAGCAGCAGGUCCAGCAGCAGCUACAACAGACUCAGCAGCAGCAGCAGCAGCAGCAGCAACUUGGGCUAGGACCACACCAGCAGACCAACGGAACGAAUGGGCUGCUGUCGGGCGGGAACCUGCUGUCGAAGCAGAUGCUCCAGCAGAUCCAGUACUCGCAGAGCGAACUGGACGAGCUGACGUCGCAGGAGAUCUCGCUCGAUCUGCAGCACCUGAUCGACGACCAGUUCCGCGACCCGGAAGCGCUCGGCAUCUUCACCGAGAUGGUGACGGUCGGCAGCACGAACGGGACGAUGACGAACCCGCUCGUGCAGACGGCGGCCGCCAAGGCGCUCCAGCUGCAGCAGGCUCGCCUGUCGCAGCACACCAACGGCUCCAACAGCUACCAGCGAUCUCUGGCGUACAUGCCGCAGCCCGUCCACACCGGUGCCGCCUACGGGAGCACAUCCAGCGACGAGAACAGUUCGGUCGGGUCGUCGGCCGACUCGGCCAACAUCAAGGAGGAACCGCUCGACCCGAACGAGUACCGCCGGCAGCUGCUGGCCAAUGGGGCCGCCGGGGGUGGCGGUGCAGCUUCCGCCGGUGCCCAGUUUAUGGGCACCGUCAACGGCUACCAGCUGCCCGGUGGGGCGGGUGGUGCCGCCACCGCAAACGGCGCCGGGGUCGUGGUGAACGGUGGUGGACCACUGGGUGGAGCGGGCGGCGGGACGACUCCGAGCUACGUGACCAAUGGUAACGGGAACAGCUUCUCGAGCCUUACGCCCGCCACGGUGCUGCACCACCAGGCGCUCCCGCACCUGAGCGGGGCGGCCUCCCAGCACCUGGCGAACCUCACCAAACACAGCAAGCUGAUGCCGCACGUCGGGCGCAAAACGCAGCAGAAGCAUGUGGACAAGGGCACGGACGAGUACCGGCGGCGGCGCGAGCGGAACAACAUUGCGGUGCGAAAGUCGCGCGAAAAGGCGAAGGUACGGUCGCGCGAGGUCGAGGAGAAGGUGAAGGCGCUGCUGAAGGAGAAGGACGCGCUGAUCCGGAAGAUCGAGGAGAAGAACAACGAGAUCACGCUGUACAAGCAGCUCUACAUGCACCUGAUGAACCACAGCAACCCGGAGAUCAACCAGAUCUGCCGCAGUGCCCUGAAUCUGUCCAACAUGGGCGACCACAUGUGAGCCCCGAGGUGUUCCAAGGAUCCCUGGACCAU